GAAAAAUAUAAAUUGCAAUUAAGGCAGGCGAGUAAAUAUGAAGUAAGAAGCGUGACGCAAUGAGCAUCUGUCACUGAUAUAUUGGUUGGAAAUUGGAAGGAAAAAAGUAUUGGAAGAUGGUGCCUUCGCUAUGUACACUUUCAUCCUACUCUCUAAAUCUCAAUUUCAAUUUCAAUCUCAAUCUCAAUGGAAGAGAAUCUCACAAGUUAAACGCAAACUCCUCUCUUCAUUUCAGCCAUACGCACCGUCGUUUUGGUUCCAACACAACAAUCUACUGCAACUCUACUAAUAAUUACAACUCCGACGCAAAACCACCAUCUCAAUCUGAAGCCAUUCAACUCUACUCCCAAAUCGAAAGAUUAGUCACUAAUUCUGCUAGACAAUCGCAAGAUGCCUGGUGGGGUUCUACAAACUGGACUGAAGUCGAGGGAUCAUGGAUUCUCAAACCCAAAAACUCCAAACCCAAUUUCGUUGUACAUUUUGUGGGAGGAAUAUUUGUAGGAGCUGCCCCUCAGCUUACCUACCGUUGGUUUCUUGAGCGUCUAUCAGAAAAGGGUGUAUUGGUCAUUGCAACUCCAUAUGCCAGUGGGUUUGAUCACUUCCUCAUUGCAGACGAAGUACAGUUCAAAUUUGAUCGGUGCUACCGCACAUUACAAGAAACAGUCAAAGAUCUUCCUAUUUUUGGUGUUGGCCAUUCUUUGGGAUCGCUUGUCCACCUUCUGAUUGGGUCAAGAUAUGCUGUGCAAAGAUCUGGAAAUGUUCUCAUGGCAUUCAAUAACAAGGAAGCAAGUUCGGCUAUCCCCUUGUUCUCUCCAGUUCUUGUUCCCAUGGCUCAAAGCAUUGGUCCACUUCUAUCAGAUAUUUUUUCUUCACCAACUCUGCGAGCAGGGGCGGAGAUGACUUUGAAACAAUUAGAAAAUGUUAGCCCUCCCAUUAUGAAACAGGUUCUUCCUUUAGUUGAGCAGCUUCCUCCCCUGUAUCUGGAUUUGGUCAAGGGAAGAGAGGAUUUUACUCCAAAGCCGGAGGAAACCCGUCGACUUAUAAAAUCAUACUAUGGCAUAUCCAGAAAUCUUCUCGUAAAAUUCAAUGAUGAUUCAAUAGAUGAAACCCCCACACUAGCACAGGUGCUCAGUUCCGAAUCAGCCAUUAGCUCUGUUCUAGACAUGUCAAUACGCAAGUUGCCCGGCGAUCAUGGUCUUCCAUUGCAGCAGGCACUGCCAGAUGUUCCACCUGCAAUGGCUGAUGCAGUGAAUCGUGGAAGUGAGCUUUUGUCGAAUCUUACCGUAGGAACACCAUGGGAGACAGUUGCCAAAGAAGUAGGGAACACACUAGGCAUGGAUUCAUCAAACAUACUUCGUGCGCAAGUAUCGAAGGAGAUGGAUAUACGUGGAUGUGAUCUCUUCUUGGAUAGCCUCCAAUGCAGGGCCUAAACUUCUAAGGCCUUAAUUUCAUUUACAUAUGCAACCAGAAAGAGAUGUGUCAAAACUGUGAUUCCCCUUAGUAUUUUAGGCAGUUUUAUAUUUAUUGUAUUUCUGUAACAGUUUUAUAUUUAUUGUACUUCUGUAACAGUUGUAUCUUGUUAUUAUUAGGUUUAUGUAUUUAGGAUCAAUCCCAUAAUGACAGGGAUCUGUUUUCCCUGGCUCAUGUAUAUAUAUAUAGGUCCAGUGACCUCAUAAUAAAAUAUGAAAAGAAUAUUAUUCCUUCUAAA